UGUCAGAAAACACCCCCGAUUCACCCUCAGCGCACCCUCAACACAAACUUGUUGUAAGUGCGACUGUAUUUUCAGUUCUCUGUUUCUUCAGUUAGUAAAAAAUCCAUUCAGUGAAAUUCACGCUGACAGUAUACAAGAAGAAGUCAGUGUAUGAAAAUGUCUUUGAGUGAUAAGAAGCCGACUGAGGACGAGAGUCUAAAACAGAGCAAAAAGAAGCAAAAGAAGCAAGAUGCCUGGAAACCACAGGGACCCAUGGACCCUUUCACUAUGCUGGAGUGUCUUCCUGAGUCGAAGCAGCAGGAGAUCCAGAAAGCCCUCCACCUCUUCUCCUUUGGUCCAUCUCUGCCCAAGACCCUGCAGCAGGCCACAAAACACACAUACCGCUUCUGGGACACACAGCCUGUCCCCAGACUGGGUGACAGUGUUGUAACUCACGGCCCGAUAGUAGAGGGUGAAGCCAGUGUUCGUCAGGAGCCCUACUCUCUACCUGAAGGUUUCUCCUGGGACACUCUGGACCUUAGCAGCCCUACGGUGUUGAAAGAGUUAUGCACUCUGCUCAAUGAGAACUACAUGGAAGAGGAUGACAAUACUAUCAGAUUUGAGUUCUCGCUGGAGUAUCUGAAAUGGACUUUGCAACCUCCUAACUGGCUGGCCCAGUGGCACUGUGGAGUGCGAGUAGACAGCAAUAACAAGUUAGUCGGCUUCAUUUCUGCUCUUCCCGCAGAUGUCCGCAUAUAUGAGACGGAGAAGCGGAUGGUACAGGUCAGAUUCCUGUGUGUUCAUAAGAAGCUGCGCCUCAAGCGGAUGACUCCAGUUCUGAUCCGAGAGCUCACCAGACGAGUCAAGCAGCAGGGCCUCCACCAGGCUGUCUACACAGCUGGCUUAGUGCUGCCCACGCCACUGAGCUCCUGCAGGUACUGGCAUCGCCCUCUGAAUAUCCGAAAGUUGACGGAGAUGAGCUACCCAGGUCUCAGACAGAACAUGAACCUGCAGAGAGCUCUUAAGUUCAACCGUCUGCCUGAGGAGACAAAGACACCAGGUCUGCGCGCUAUGACAAAAGAAGAUGCUGCGGGGAUACACUCACUACUGCAAGCAAACCUCCAGAAGUUUCACCUCAGCCCCAUGUUGUCUUUGCAGGAAGUAGAGCACUGGCUGUUGCCGAGGGAGAAAGUGAUUGACACCUAUGUUGUGGAGGGUGAGGAUGGCACACUGACAGACAUGGUGAGUUUCUACAGCGUCUCAUCCAGGGUGCUGAAUCACCCAGUCCACAGCGGCCUGAGAGCAGCUCAUCUUCUUUACGUUGCCUCUACUGUCACAGACCCGGUCGACCUAAUGGAGGACGCGCUGGUCCUGGCUCAAUCGAAAGGCUAUGAUGUCUUCUGUGCUCUCGAUGUGAUGGAUAACAAGAGUUUCCUGGAGAAGCUCAAGUUCAUCGUCAAUGACAAGAGCCUUCAUUACUACAUGUACAACUGGAUGUGUCCGAAUAUGAGCCCAGACAAGGUGGGCUUGGUGUUACCAAACUAACCUGCCACUAGAAGAAGACAGAGUGGUGAAGAUGAAUGGACCACAGUGAUUGGCAGGACAAGUGGGCAUGAAACUGCACCACCAGCAUGUUUAAAGUUUCAAAUAUAAACUGACAAACUGUAAAACUAAAAUAUACUCAGAAAUCAAUAAAAUAAAUUAAAUAAAGAAUUCCAUUUGUAUAUACA